AUGGUUCUUUCGCGGCAUUCAGUUCAGUUCAAGUUUGCUAGAGUGUAUGAUGAUGAUCGCCUCAUUUGGCAAAUUUGUUUACUUUUUUGCUGUUAUUUAAUAACCGGCUCAAACAUUAUAACUCAAACACGUUUUCAAAAUGAAAAGUACUAUCACAUGCCAGCUAGGCUAUCAAAAAAUCAAAUAAUGAAAUUGUCAGAUCUGUCAAAUGUAGAUCAUAUAGAGGAAGUUUUAGAUAACAUAUGUGUCGUGAGAAUCGUUGGAACACCAGAGCAUACAAGAGUAAAAAAUUACAUUAAGAAGUCAAUGGAAGAUCUUGGUUGGUCUGUGGAAACUGAUAAGUUUGAAGAGCAAACUCCAACUUUUGGAAUUUUACAAUUUGAAAAUAUAAUUGCAAGAUUAAAUCUUAAUGCAAAACGAUAUUUGACAUUAGCUUGCCAUUAUGACUCAAAGUAUACUAGAAAAAGGAAUUUUAUUGGUGCUACAGAUAGUGCAGUACCAUGUGCUCAAAUGAUUAACUUAGCUAAAGUUAUGAAGAAUUAUUUAGACUCUAUAAAAAAUAAUGACGUGAGUUUAAUGUUCAUAUUUUUUGAUGGUGAAGAGGCUUUUAGAGAAUGGGGUCCGAAUGAUUCUAUUUAUGGUUCAAAACAUUUGGCCAAAGUGUGGCAUACUAAUUAUACUGUUUAUGAACAGGGAGAAAAUAUUUCUGAAUUGGAUAAAAUUGAUUUACUGGUUCUAUUAGAUUUAAUAGGUGCACCAGAUCCAACAUUUUACAACUACUUUAGUAAUACAGAAAAUUGGUAUUCUUUGUUGAUGGCUGUUGAAAAUAAAUUAGCUUCCUUAAAAAAGUUUGAGUCAUAUUCUUAUGAACAACGUGUACAAACAUACUUUCAACCAUAUUCCAUGGAAGCUCAUAUUGAUGAUGAUCACAUUCCUUUCUUACAUCGAGAUAUUCCUGUCCUACAUUUGAUACCAUAUCCUUUUCCAAAGGUAUGGCAUAAAACAAGCGAUAAUCGUAGUAAUAUCGAUUUAAAGACCACAGAAAAUGUCAAUAAAAUCCUGAGAAUUUUUGUAGCUUUAUAUUUACAUAUCGAUGUAUAA